AUGAUUCGUGGUCUGAACUCGCCGGGUGGCAUCGGACUCCCCAACAAUCGAGGCGCCGGAAUCGGAAUGGCCCAACCGGCGCCGCAACAACAACAACAAUUCUAUGACGACGAGCCGUAUCAGGCGAACGCCUCGCAACUUAGAUUCAAGACCAAUGUAAGAAGCAUGGAACGUCGCGAGACGGGCAAUCUAAUACCAUUCUCGCAGCGAUCGCUUGGUGGCGCCGGUGUGACGCCAUUCGGCUCGGCGCCGGCGCAAAGCUUCUUCGGCUCCGGACUGCCGAUGAACAACACGUCGAGCCCGCGCAAAAUGCAAUCGCAACAGCAGAUGAUAUUCGGCGGCGGAAUUCCGCAGUCGCCUUCGACGAAGAUGAAGCUUCCAGCGUCCGUCGUAUAG